CGAGGCUCGCGGCGGAAAAGUUGCGCGGCGGCGAGGAGCGGCCCCGGGACGGGCAGCGAGCGCGACGCCGAGCCGGCUCCCGGCGCCCGCGGCUCCCCCGCCAUGGACGACCUCGACGCCCUGCUGGCGGACCUGGAGUCCACAACCUCUCACAUCUCCAAGCGGCCCGUGUUCUUGUCUGAGGAGACCCCCUACUCCUACCCGACUGGGAACCACACGUACCAGGAGAUCGCAGUGCCCCCCGUCCCACCGCCCCCAUCCAGCGAGGCCCUCAAUGGCACGGUUCUCGACCCCUUAGACCCCUGGCCACCCAGCACCUCCCGAUUCACCCACCAGCAGCCUCAGUCCUCAUCCCCCGUGUACGGCUCCAGUGCCAAGACUUCCAGUGCCUCCAACCCCCAGGACGGCGGCGGGCUCCCGUGUCCCCGAGCCGGCGAGGAAGACCACGUGUACAGUUUCCCCAACAAGCAGAAGUCAGCCGAGCCUUCACCCACCGUCAUGAGCUCCUCCUUGGGCAGCAACCUCUCCGAGCUCGACCGCCUGCUGCUGGAGCUGAAUGCCGUGCAGCAUAACCCCCCGGGUUUCCCUGCAGAUGAGGCCAACUCCAGCCCACCGCUGCCAGGGGCACUGAGCACCCACUACGGUGUCCCAGAGAAUAACAGCUUGCUGGGGGGCAAAGCUGGACCGCUGACCAAAGAGAAGCCCAAGCGGAAUGGUGGCCGGGGCCUGGAGGACUUGCGGCCCAGCGUGGAGAACCUCUUGGAUGAGCUGGAGAGCUCUGUGCCCAGUCCCGUCCCCGCCAUCACUGUGAACCAGGGCGAGAUGAGCAGUCCCCAGCGAGUCACCUCCAGCCAGCAGCAGACGCGCAUCUCAGCCUCCUCUGCCACCAGGGAGCUGGACGAGCUGAUGGCCUCACUGUCGGAUUUUAAGACCAGCUCCUCCUCUGCUGUGGCCUUGAGCUCCUCAGGGCUGCCGCCCGGCUCAGCUCCAUCCUCACACCACAGCCUCCCUACUCCACCUCCUCCCGGGCCCUCUGGAGGCCUGCCACCCCCUCGAAAGCCCUCCCCUCAAGGCCACAGCCACACCCUGGGCGUCCUCUGCACGGAGGACAACGUGGCCCCCGGCCAGCUUGAUUUGGCUGGCUUUGGGGUGAUGCCUGACACCCCCAACUCAAGGUUUCCCUCCACAGAGGGUUGGCCAGGGCCGCUGGGUGUAGAGAGCCAGGCUAGCGUUUGGAGGGAUCCACCAGACCUGGUCGGGGAGCUCUGCAGGGCGCCUCCCGGCCACACUCUACCCUACACUGGGGGCACAGGUCCCCAGGAGCCUGGGGGCCCCCAAGCACCGUCGGCCAACGCUUUGCUCCCGGAAGAGGCGGUGGCUGCCACUUGGCAGGGGCCUUGGGCUCUGGGGGCGCUGAGGCCUGAGCCCCCGCAGGGAGCUGCGCCCAGCUUCCAGGAGGUCACUGAGCCGGCUGUCGUGGUCGUGGACCGUCAGGCCGUCUUCCCGGAUACCUGGAGCCUCACGAAGGAACGUGGAUGGCAGGAGAGGGCAAGGCCAGAGCCAGGGCCACCAGAGAGUGGCCGCCGCACCCCCGUUGAGGAUGAGCAGCUAGGUGGAGAGACACCCUCGGCCGGCGGCCUGGUCAGGCCAGCCCAGGGACCCGAGACCCCCAGGAAGCCAGAGGGCGCCACUGAAGCCGCCACCGAGGCCAGGACGGACCGGCCAGAACUCCCGCGGGCUGUGGCCGUGGACAUGCCCAGCACCACGGAGAGGAUUUCCACAUCUAGCCAGAUCCGCUCGGUGAUCAGGAGGAGCCGGGAGACUGGCCACGCUCACCCCAUGUCCCGGGAGCCCUCCCCUCGCCGCCGGCUGGACCCCGCCACCCUAAGCAGGACUCCGUCCCAGGAGCGGCUCAUCGCCGAGCUGCAGGGUCGGCUGGGCAUCCGGCCGGAGGCAGAGGAGGCCGCGGGGGCCGCGGGGGCCUCCACCGAGGACUGGCUGACCGAGGGCGUCGUCAUCACCGUGCAGCCGCGUGGGAGGCGGGCUGGGGGGCAGCUGGUGGAGAAGGUCGUCUUCCCUCCUGGCUCUCCUCUUCCCCUGCGGAGAACCUUCUCUGUUCUGCCUUCUCCUCUUCCUCUUCCCAGCCCUCUGCUCCAGCACUGCAAAGACGCCUCCUCGGCCAGCAGCUCUCCUCCCCUUCCCAGCCUGCCCCCGCCCUGCGGCCCCUCUGGGGUCCAGAGCACUGGGACGGGGCUGCGGAGAGUCAGUGUGCAGGGCCCUGCCCCUCGCGUGGCUGCAGCCUGCUCCGUGAGGUCCAUAGGCUGCCAGACCGACGAGGAUCCGCUCUUCCCCCCGAUGCAGAUCCAGGGCCUGGAACAGAGAGCGGAUGGCGAGCUGCGCCGGGCGGCUGGCUGGCCUCUGAACGGCAGGCAGAGCGGCCCCGAAGGGCAGGACGUGGGAGGGUUCAUGGCCCAGGGGAAGACGGGGAGCAGCUCUCCCCCAGGGGGCCCCCCAAAGCCCGGAAGCCAGCUGGACAGCAUGCUGGGGAGCCUGCAGUCGGACCUGAACAAACUGGGGGUCGCCACGGUCGCCAAGGGGGUCUGUGGGGCCUGCAAAAAGCCGAUCGCGGGGCAGGUGGUGACGGCCAUGGGGAAGACGUGGCACCCCGAGCACUUCGUCUGCACCCACUGCCAGGAGGAGAUCGGCUCCCGGAACUUCUUCGAGCGGGAUGGACAGCCCUACUGUGAAAAGGACUAUCACAACCUCUUCUCUCCGCGCUGCUACUACUGCAAUGGGCCCAUUCUGGAUAAAGUGGUGACAGCGCUCGACCGGACGUGGCACCCCGAGCACUUCUUCUGUGCCCAGUGUGGAGCCUUCUUCGGGCCUGAAGGGUUCCACGAGAAAGACGGCAAGGCCUACUGCCGCAAGGAUUACUUUGACAUGUUCGCGCCCAAGUGUGGCGGCUGCGCCCGGGCCAUCCUGGAGAACUACAUCUCGGCCCUCAACACCCUCUGGCACCCCGAGUGCUUUGUGUGUCGGGAGUGCUUCACGCCGUUCGUCCACGGCAGCUUCUUCGAGCACGAGGGCCAGCCCUACUGCGAGGCGCACUACCACGAGCGGCGGGGCUCGCUGUGCUCCGGCUGCCAGAAGCCCAUCACGGGCCGCUGCAUCACCGCCAUGGCCAAGAAGUUCCACCCCGAGCACUUCGUCUGCGCCUUUUGCCUCAAGCAGCUCAACAAGGGCACCUUCAAGGAGCAGAACGACAAGCCUUACUGUCAGAACUGCUUCCUCAAGCUCUUCUGCUAGGCGCCCCCGUCCCUCCCUGUGGCCCAUUCCCCGGCCCAGCCUCCUCACUGCUGCUGGGACCCAGAGGCCUCGUCCCGGGGCGGGGGCCGGGGUGGGGGGCGGUGGCGAAGGGGCCAACCCGACUGAAACUGGAACCGCGUCCUUGGCGAUGACGAGAGGGCCCUGAGGGGUCCUGCCUGCUUCUCUUGCCCUCUGCCAGCGCCUCUGGGCCGCCUUCCUCCUCCCGAGGCUCCCCCAGGCUGCCAGCCCGUCACCCUCCCCCGAGGCAGAGGUUGAAGGGUCCCACCUGCGUCCCCACGAGCCCACCUGGCCAAGCCAGCACCCCACACUGGAGCCAUCUCUUACUCGUAUUUUGGCAGUGGAGCUGGGGAUGGGGAGGGCAGGCAGGGUCAGACGGGGGCCUCUUUGCAUCCUUAUCCCCAACCCCAACCUCGUCAGCCUUGUUCUGAGAGUACCGAGGGGACGCCAGCUCCCCCCAGACAAUGCCAGCAUCCAUCCAACCCAUCCACCCAAGGGCGGAUGUGCCCACGGGGCCAUGGAAGGUUCCUUGUGUGCCUCCUGCCCUUCCUGUCUCUUCAGGCCUGGGCAGCUCCCCCCAACACCUGCACCCCCGUCCCAACGCCCCCCCCCCGACUGCUCUGGUUCUACUGAGAAAGGCCUCUCCAGCAAUAAUGUUUUCUACUCACUUCCUCCGUCUCCUGGGGCCGCGUGAGGUGGCGAGUGUCACCCCGUUGCCCAGACACUGUACUGACUUUGAUAGUUUUCUACACUGAGGUUUGAAUUCAUAUCGUCUGAGUUGCUUUUACUUCUCUAUACAAAACUGAAGAGAUUUUACAGACAUCUUUUGUACUCCCCCCGCAUGCACCGCAGUGGCUGCGGGAUAUGCGGGGCCUGCCUUGUACUGAAGGCUCGGGGCGGGGAAGCAAUUCAUGUUUUUUUUUUUUCUUAGCACAAGCAGGUGAAAACGGGGAGCAGCUCUGUUGACUCCCCAUCUUUAACUUCACAGCUCACCGGGACUGUUUUUAUAAACUGCUGUAUUUCGAACCCCCUUCCUUACUUCCCAGGCCAGCAAGCUUUUCACUGAAACCCACCUGAAGGGUGUCUGGCCCUGUGGGGCCGAGAAUCCCAAACCUCAUCCGUCCUGUUUCUGAGUGGGGAGAGAGGGGGACGUCCACUCUGGGGGUGCCCCUUCCCUGUGUAAGCUGUUAGGAGCGUUCACGCCCCUGUGAACUUUCUGGCCCCAAAGAGAACAUUCUUGUAACAUGCUACUGUGGGGGUCCUUUCUUCUGCCUCCUCAGGAAAGCUGGGAUCUGAUUUUGACCGUUAGUCUUGUUGAUUCCACUGGGUGCAUCCCUUCCCCAAACUUCCUGCCUCCCCUGGAGACUGGUGGUGGCCCCCUGAUAGGAUUCUGGGCAGAGGGACAGGAUCCCGCCAAAGCAACAGGGAGCCCCCUGAGGAUGAGACAGGCAGGGCUGGGGUUCCGGGUCAGUGGAACUGGGGCUCCAGUGGGGUCUUAAGUGAGGACAAGCCAGACCCACUGCACUAACCUCAUCAGAGGCUGGGUGUCCUGAGCCUCUCAAGAGGGGAAGGGGGUCCCUCCUUGGAGGCGGGGCAGGGAGCAGCCUGGGUGUGGGGAGGUCAGCCAGGCCCAACCACAGGUCUGAUGUCUCCACUUCUACUCUUAGGCCUUAUUGCUCUGUUUACAGUGACCCACCCCAGGCCCCUCCCCUAGAGGAUUUGGGGCUUCCAGAGGUUCUACCCUCUGGGUCGAUGGUUAUUUGAUGAUUUGAUUUUUAAUUUUUUUUUCCCCUGUAAACUUGUAACCUGGCUUUUUCCCAUUUUAAUUCCUGUGAUUUAUGCCAAUAAAGUUUGCCAUUA